AUGGCCUCCCAACCGCCGUCCGCCCCCUUGUGCUCGGAAUCCCUGGAUGAUGACCUGAAGACAGUGUCCGAGCUGCGUAGAGUGAAGCUGCCCUCGAUGCCCUCCAGCGACCUUGAGCCCCUCUUCCGCAAGCUGCCGGCUGUGAUCAGGGCCUGUCGCCGCUUCAAGCUGUUGACUUUGGAGGCGCGCCAGAACCGGCUGCUGGCUCCCCUUGACCCCCUAGAGGUCAGCAAGGACUCUCCACCACCCGAGGAGCACCCGAAGUCUGAGAAGAGGUUCUGGGGUGACCAGGAGACCCUCUCCAAGAUCCCAUUUAAAAUUCUGAGGGGACACAAGGACCUUGUGAGCUCCUGUAGCUUCUGUGUGGAUGACACGAAGUUCCUCAGCUGUUCCCAUGACAGUACCCUGAAGCUGUGGGAUGCUGUGGAUGGCUUCGUUAUUCGGGAUUUCGAUCAUAAGCCCAAAGCUCCUGUCUUGGAGUGCAGCGUGACGGCUGACAGCAGAAGAAUUAUCACAGCGUCCUACGACAAAGCGGUGAAGGCUUGGGACCUUGAGACAGGCAAGCUGCUGUGGAAGAUCAAUUAUGAAACCUUCAUAGCCUCCUGCAAGGUUUCUCCUGAUGGCAAAUAUGUGGUCUCAGCCUUGGACGUGGACCGGGCCAUCUGUAUAAUGGAUGUAGAAAACGCCACCACCGUGUCAUACAUCAAAAAUCAUCACAACCGGUCUCUCACAGCAUGCUGCUUUGACCCCGACAGCCAGAAGGUGGCUUCUGUCUCACUGGACAAAAGCAUCAAGAUCUGGGAUAUUACAUCCCAGGCCACGCUGCUUACCAUCACCAAGGCACAUUCUGGUGCAAUCUCAAACUGCUGUUUUACCUUCAGUGGCCAUUUCCUGUGUACAAGCUCCUGGGAUAAAACCUUAAAAAUAUGGAAUAUCCAUACGGGGGAGUUUCGGAACUCUGGAGCCUGUGUGACUCUGAUGAAGGGCCAUGAAGGAUCUGUGAGCUCCUGCCACUUUUCCAGAGAUACCUCUGUUCUCGUGUCUGGAGGGUUCGACAGGACUGUGGCUAUCUGGGAUGUAGGAGAAGGCUACCAGAAGAUCUCCUUGAAGGGCCAUAGUGACUGGGUGACAGACGUUGCCAUUAGCAACAACAAGAAAUGGGUCCUGUCUGCUUCAAAGGACAAAACCAUGAGACUAUGGAAUAUUGAAGAAAUUGACGAAAUUCCUCUGGUAAUCAAGUGCAAAAAGGCCCUGGGCUUACAGGUGAAACAGUGUGAAGUAUGCGACAGGCCUUUCUCCAACUAUGAAAGUGACAUCUUUUCUGAAACUGUCACCAAAUGUGUGUUCUGCCGGAUGGAUGCAAAAGGCCCGUUAACAGAGGCCUCAUCAUCAUUAGGAGGGGAAGACUCAUCGUCACAGGAGUGCAGCCCGACCGCCAAUGACUGAUGCUCACUGGGCUUGCUAACUGACUUGAGCGUGGGUCCCCCGUGAAGCAGGUUUUGGGGCUCUGAAGGAACCUUUCUCUACGGCUGGACCCAGCCCAGGUGAGCGUGUCAGACUGGGGCAGGGGCACGGCCUCAGCUCCACAGCCCCCUUGGGGAUCAAACACUGUUUUUAGAUUUCAUGCAGAAUAAAUCUCGAUUCCUUUAGAAAACAAGUGUGCAUGUCAAUUCUAGAAGCACUUUUGCUGCUCCUAAGCUUUCAUGUCUUAGUGUUCAUUCCGUCUCCUUUUACGAACACAUUCUGGACUCUGGUGUUGCGCUGUGAGGCAGCCAGGCCAGCACUCACAGCUCCUGAGGAAAGCUUGGUCAAAUGAACAGGAAGAUAUGUGGGACCCCUCUGCGGAGGAGGCAAGGCACUGUGGGUACGUCACUGGCUAGUGCUCCCAGAUGGCCAUCGACUCGGCACAGGAAGGUCAGAGGCAGGUGGGUGGAGGGCACUGCCAUCACAGAAUGUUGCAUGCUCUCCACCCCAGACUUUUCCAUUUCCAGAAUGCCCAGGCAGAUGUACAGUCCUCCCCUGCUUCCACAGUGCAUCCCACACUGCACAAAUCAAUUACUUCGGAAGGCACAAAGGUUUCAGUUAACAGACAGGAAGGGCUUCCUUUCCCAUCUGGUAUGGCUCACGCGAUUUCUGUCAAUCAGGAGUAUGCCCCUUGGUUUGUCUUAAAAACUUAACUGCAGGCCUGGUUUAUUUCAUGUCAACUGACUGGCAUCCCAUAACUGUCCAGGGGCACCAGAAGCUGGUCACUAUUUGGGCAGGUCCUGCUGCCCUCCUCAGUCAUCACCCUGGUGACUGGUCAGACGGGCUGGCUGUUCAGAUGUCUCCAUUUAUUCACGUCCAUGAUGGAUGAACAUGUCAGAGUUCCACUCUGCGCCCUCCCAGCAACCGGGCUGUCUUUGAAAGGGAAGUCCCAUUGCUAAGCAGUCUCCCUUGCCCCGAACAGAUACGUCCCCCUCUCCGCUGUGGGGUGCGGCCGGGCUGCAGGUGCCAACAGCGCCCCACUGAUGGGCACACACGUGGCUUCUCGGGUUUUGCUAUUGCAGGUCACUCCAGUGACCGGGCCCGUGCAUCCCUACUUGCAGAAACUUACAUUUCCGUGUUCGAGGCUCUCCGGCCGGAGGCGCCGUUGGGUGAAGGGGGCAGCCGCGUUUGGUUUUGUCGUUGCUCGCAGGCCCUCUAACGAGUGUUGGGACGAGGUGGCUGCCGCGUCCGGGAGAGGAGACCCAGAAGCAGCAGGCGGGAGGCUUGGGCGGGGAGGUCCCCGCUUGCUUCUGCAGCACAAACCUCCCCACGGGCGGCGUCGGGGGCCCCCUCGAAGCUCCCGGCCCCGCAGGGCAAGCUCAGGCGCCCGCGGUGUCCUGGGAGAAGCGGCACGACGGAAGAGCCGGUCUCGCCAGGCGGCUGGAGGCGCCCGCAGGGCGGGAAGGGCCGCCGACCCCGAGGGCGUCCCCGGAGCGCCGCCGCCUCCCGGGCUCAGGGCGCCGGAGCGAUCACUGCACGGCGUGGUCACCGCGGAACCACCGCGGGGUGUGAGCCUGACC